GAUGACGUGACGUCAGGGGUAUAAAAACCGACGCCACUCGUCUUACCGACCAUUCCUGGAGUUGCUCUGAGGUUGUGCUUUUGAGGAAAGAACACAGUAACGAGGACAGUUUGAAGAGAAACAAAAAAUACUUUUUUUGUUCACGUGUUUUUUUUUUCUCCCAGUGACGGACAUUUUGACGAUCUUUUUUUUCCACUCUUGUGCCAGAAGGAAACCAGCAUAAAUCUAACCCGCCCAUAGAUAAAGCAGAAUUUACAGCCAUAAAAAAAAAUUGCUUGUUAUAUAAAACAUGGCAGUUUUCUCUCUUAAACUGUUUUAAAAUAUAGUAAUUGUGUGUGUAUAUCUGAAGCACAAAUCUAAAAUCCGAGGCGCUGAGGAGAAAGUUUCUGAUAGGUUGCCACCAUGGGAUCAGGGCCUGUGGAUCCCAGAGAACUCCUAAAGGGACUGGACUGCUUCCUGGGCAAGGAUGGAGAAAUCAAGUCCUCAGAGGGGGUUUCCAAAAUUUUUAGCUUGAUGAAAGCUUCCCAAAAGAUGGUUAGCAGGUGCAUCUACCUAAAUAUUUUACUGCAGACAAAAUCACAGGACGUCCUGAACAGAUUUAUCAAAAUCGGAGGUUACAAGCUAUUGAACAGCUGGCUGACGUACUCCAAAACAACCAGCAACACCCCACUGCUGCACCUGAUCCUGCUAACACUGCAGAACCUGCCGCUCAAAGUUGAUCACCUCAAACAGAACAACACAGCCAAAGUAGUGAAACAGCUAAGCAAGACAGGUCCUGAAGAACUUCGAAAGCAGGCUUCGGUGCUGGUUGAAGGCUGGAUGGCGAUCAUUCGAACCCAGAGCGGCGCAGCGGCAGCAGCUGCUUCUACCCCUUCAGACAAGAAGAAGAAAGAGGAAGGGAAGGGGAAAGCGGCUCCAGAAAAAACAGAGACGAAGCCAGACCUGAAAGGGGCUGAGGUGAAGACCGAGGAGGACAAGAGGAAAGAGAAACCCAAAGUACAGAGGACCACUGCACCCAGCCAUGCCAAGUUCAGGUCCACAGGUUUGGAAGUGGACACUCCGACCCCAGUCCCUGUUAAAAAGGUACCCCCUCCUGUGCAAGUAGGCGACAAAUACAACAUCAAGCCAGCAGCUGUCAAGAGACAAAACUCUGGUUUGGGACCUGAUAUGCCUCCUGUAGAGAAGAAGUACAAACCUCUCAACACCACUCCCAACAUGAUCAAGGAGAUCAAAGUGAAGAUCAUCCCAGCCCAGCCAAUCGAAUCCCCAGGGUUCCUCGAAGCAUUGAAUUCCGCCCCGGUAACCGGAGUCAAGAUCAAGAAGAAAAAGAAGGCAGUGUCUCCAACUUCCAACAAGUCUUGCCCAUUCGAUAUCAAACCAAGCCUGGAGUCCAGCCCUGUGAAGCACUUGCCCCUAGACAGCUCACCCACAGCCACAGUGGAGACAAUGGAACUGGAGCAGCCAGGCACCCCAGUUCCCGCAGAGGAGGUUCCUGAAAACAUGGAUACCUCUCCCGAGGAGCCGAAUGCUCUGGCUGAGCCACGUGGGGAGGAAAAGGCUGCGGCUGACACAGUGAAGCUGACGAAGAAAGGGAAGAAGAAGAAGAACGUCCGAUGGGCUGAGGAGAACCACCUGCGGGAAUACUUCUUCUUUGAGCUUGAUGAGACAGAGAGGGUGAACGUGAAUAAGAUCAAGGACUUUGGCGAGGCUGCGAAGCGAGAGAUGAUGAUGGACCGGCAGGCCUUCGAGUCGGCACGGAGACUCUCUCACGACACCAUGGAGGAGAAAGUUCCCUGGAGCUGCCCGUGGCCUCUCGACUUGCCCCACACCCUAGUGGUGCCGGGCAGCGGCAGCCAGGAGAAAGUUACUCAACAGGAGAGGGAGAAGGGAAUCUUGCAGGAGAUCUUCCUGUCUAAGGAGAGUGUGCCGGACAGCCCCCAUGAGCCCGACCCUGAGUCCUAUGAGCCUCUGCCCCCCAAACUCAUCCCCCUGGACGAGGACUCCUCCGUGAUGGAGGACGGCUACAGUGAUCUCAUGGACACGACUCCUGCCUCGCACUCUCCAGACGUGUCCGGAGCCAAGCUGCCCACUGUCCUGGCUAACCUGAUGGGCAGCAUGGGAGCGGGCAGGAGCCCACAGCAGCCUGGCUCUGGGGUUGUUCCCCCUGUAAAUGUACAGGAGCUACUGUCCACCAUCAUGGGAGCUCAAGGGAACCAAAAGCCAGAGGACCUAAUCAAACAGCCUGACUUCUCAGACAAGAUCAAGAAGUUGUUGGGGUCUCUGCAACAACAGCCACAGCCACAGCAUCAGCAGCAGCAGCAGCACCAUCAGCAGCAGCAGCAGCAGAUUCAGCACCAGCACCAACACCCGCCCCAGGGACCUCCCCCAGGUUUGCUGGGGGUGGGUCCAGGGAUGAAUGGAGGAUUCCCACCAGGACCCAAGAAUGGACCUCACUUCUCGCCACAUGGAGGCCCAGGCGGGCACUUCCCUCCUCACAAUGGGCCAGGUGGACCCCCAGGUGGACCCCCAGGAGGCCCCCGAAUGAUGGGCCCCCCACCCCCCCAGCAGCGCGGAGGAGAUGGGUACUGGAAACCCCCUGGCGAGCCUAUGAGGGGAGGACCCCAUGGUAUGAGAGGGGGGCCCUUCCACCGGGGAAGGGGGGGGCGAGGAGAAAACCCAAACUUCAGAGGCAGGCCUGGUCGAGGGAACAAUGGACCACUCAGACGGGGUGGCCCCAAUAAUCCACACAUGGGAGACAUGUCGAACCGUGAUGUCUGCCGGCACUUCAUGAUGAAGGGCAGCUGUCGCUACGAGAACAACUGUGCUUUCUACCACCCUGGAGUGAAUGGGCCUCCCCUGCCCUAAUGAGACAACAGAGUGGGCAGGCCUCACCACUUCAGACUGACUCCCAGAGACCGCAGCCACAGACCGUUACAUCCAGACUUGACUGAUGGGCACAAACACACCAUUGACCAGCUUUGGUCUGGAGUUAUGUGUUUUCCUGGACGUCUUGCUAGCAAGUUAGUUGGCUGGCUGUAGCAGGUGACCUGGUGUGUCUCAGUAGGUUUUAUCUCCUGGAGGGAAAAACAAAAACUUUUUUUUUUUUAAAUGAAAUACAUGAAUCAAGCAAUUUAUUUACUAAUAAUUGAAUGGGAGAGAAGAGAUCAUUUUGAAUUGUUUUGUUUUCCCAUCUGUGCUUUUGUGAGGCACCAGCAUUCAAUACGCUCUCUAGCUCUCUGCCUAGUUCUCAGUCUGCAAGGGAAAAUCUGUGUCCAAAUCACUUUGACAAUUACUUUUGCCCUGUUGGGGAAUUGGUAAUAACAGUUGAAGCCAUUACUGCAGUGUCAUGUUGAGUUAUCGAAGUCUUAAUCAAAAAGCCCCUCAAACUUAUUUUUCAAGAGUUUUAAAUGGGGCCUUAUCAAGUAAAGGUAUUUACACAGCUGACUUCAUAAGUAACAGGGAAGUAAAAACGACAAGGAUUGUGUAUAACCACUCAAAUCUAGUCCUACAAAAAUACAUGCUACUUUGCACAUAAAGGUAUGUAAAUUAGUUGCAAUGGCCCUGAAGAUCUGAUAUCCAAGAUGGCUUUUUGUUGCAUGUCUUGAAACCUAAAGUGACAGAAAUGUUCAAACUUACCUCAAAAAUCUAUUGAUCGUUUUUUUUUUUCUUUUUUUAUUUCCUGCUGGUGUUUCCAGUAUAAAGGAAAACCACAUGGAUUAAUAAUGUAUUUAAAAAAGAAACCUAUUAUGAUGAAGUCGAAAGGUUUUAAACGCAUCUUAUUAUAAACAAUUUUUUAAAAAGUGCGUUCUGAUCAAAUGUAUGUCAUCUGGACUGUUGAGUGUAAUUCAGUGUCCAGUGCACUGGAGGCAGUGUAUCACAGGGUUAAUGAACUAAAAAACCGUCCUAUCAAAUCCGACCUACUAAACCGAAGUUUCUUCACUGUUAUUCCGAUGUAAAAUCGAGUGAAGUGUUGGUAAGGGUGCAGUUGGACGUUUUAAUAUAUGAAUAGAUUAUCAGUUGUCAAAGGGAUGUCCGGGUGAAAACAUACUCCCGUGUAACGCACCUCUUCUCUGUAGUCCGGUCUUGAGGUCGGUUGGCGGUUAUUACUAAACCAUAGUACAGCGACGCAACAGGAGUACCCAUCCAGCUAUUUAAAAAGUGGCCCACAGUAUUGCAUACAACUGAAAGUAUUCUUGCAUUUCUUUUGAUGAAAACCCACUUUGUGUGGUGUACAUUUUUUGUAAAUAGUUUGUAUAUACAAUUGUAUUGAAUUAGUCGGAUUAUUAUUGUUUUGUUUUUCUCAAGUGAAACCACUAAGCCAGUUGAGUCUGGUGUUCAGGUUGCGUGAAUGCAAUGUUAAUGUCGGGGGCAUACAAGUAGCUUGGAUGGGAGGGGGUUGAUUCAUUAGUGUAAUUAUGCAGUACUGAUCAGGGAACCGGCUUUUCAUAUUCUUUAUUCAGCCAGCUAGGAUCAGCUUAGAACAGCUUCAUGUUUACAGUGUUAUUGUGAGGAAUAGGGAUCACAAGAAUUGGUUUUAACCCCCCUUUAUAUUUCACUCUAUUAUCUCUCAAUCCUGUGAUAGCAUGCUAUAAAACCAAAACCGCUGAAGGGUCAGAAUUAGUCCAAACCCAUCCUUGACCUGUUUAAAACUAGUAAUGCUGUGUAGCACUUCUUUGUUUCAGACAACAACUGCAACUUUUAUGCAAAGCCAAAUGGUUGUGUUUCCGUAAACUGGUGUCGAAUGACCUGAAUAGAAAAUUGUCGAAUUGAGCAUUACUGGGAUGCAGUGAUUAACUGGUUGAGCCCUACCUGGCCUCCCAGCAUCUUCCGAGUCUUAUGAUAAUGUUUCUCUAGAAUCAAUAUGCUGUAUACAAACCAUUUAUUGCCCUGAAUGCAUCAGUGAAGUGUUUUUUAAAUUCAUGAUUUGGUAAUUUUUAAAGAUCGUAAGACAACAGGAGUUUAGCUCUGAGGCUUGAUCAGAACAUUAUUUGAAUAUGAAACUGGACUUUGAACAAGUGAAAUCACAGGACCAGCAUUAUUUAUGAAAAUGUCUCUAAAUAUCAUAGACAAAGAGAAGUGAUACCUUUAAUUGGACUAACUAAAAAUUAUUCACAGGCUUUCAAGACCUCAAAGGUCUCCUCU